AAACCCUAACUGCCGACUCUGGUCAUCAUCUUCUCCGGAUAAAAGGAACCGCCUGAAAACUGAAAAGCUCUCUCAAGUCUCAAGUUUCCACUCACGAACACACGCGGAAGCGGGGAAGCCUGGCCAUGGUUUCACUGAAGCUUCAGAAGCGGCUAGCUGCCAGUGUACUCAAAUGCGGGAAGGGGAAGGUUUGGCUUGAUCCCAAUGAAGUCAACGAGAUUUCCAUGGCCAAUUCUAGACAAAACAUCAGAAAACUUGUGAAGGAUGGCUUCGUAAUUAGGAAGCCCACAAAGAUUCACUCUAGAUCUCGUGCUCGAAGAAUGAAGGAGGCCAAGAGAAAGGGUCGGCAUUCUGGAUAUGGUAAGCGUAAGGGUACUAGGGAGGCACGACUGCCAACAAAAGUACUAUGGAUGAGGAGAAUGCGUGUGUUGAGGCGUCUGCUUCGCAAGUAUCGUGAAGCUAAAAAAAUUGACAAGCACAUGUACCAUGACAUGUACAUGAAGGUAAAAGGUAAUGUCUUCAAGAACAAGCGUGUUUUAAUGGAGAGCAUCCACAAAUCCAAGGCUGAAAAGGCCAGGGAGAAAACUCUGUCUGACCAAUUUGAGGCCAAGCGUGCUAAGAGCAAGGCAAGCAGGGAGAGAAAGCUGGCUAGGAAAGAGGAGCGGUUGGCACAGGGGCCUGGAGAGAGAGUACCUCAGGCGGCAUCACAACCACAGGCUGAGGGUGCUAAGAAAACAAAGAAGUGAUGCUGAGCUGAGAUUCCAGUGCACGGAUGCUAAAGAAUGAAGGUUGAUUGUCGGAUGUUGAAUAGAAGUGUCUAUCUUGGAGCUAUUUUGUUAUCUGUCGGAAGCGAACGUACGAACUAAGCUGUAAUAUUAUCUUCUUAAUUUAGUACGUGCUCAAGUCACAUUUUUCUCUUGCGCCAAAUGUAGAGAAUUCAAGCCGAUGAAGGUACAGUAACCCGUAUGUUCGUAUUUUUCCUUUCCUUUUCUUUCUUUCUUUGUUUUUUUUUGGGGGGCUAAACCUUCUGUGCGCUGUAUCCUUUUGAGGUUUUUAAUACAGAAGAAUUUUGUUGGAA